GGGAACUCAAGUGGAAGCACGGAAGUUCACGAGAACGAGCUUCAGUGCUUUAGUUGACUGCUGCACUGUGUCUCGUCUCUCGUCUGCGCGACGGUGGCAGUAGCGCGCGCUCCCUUCCUCCCUUCCUCCCUCCCUUCCUUCCUUCUUUCCUGCCUCUCGAGCUUCUCAUCACCAUCGCUGUUUGAUCAGGAAGAGAGCGGUAGCUACCGGUAGCUGGCGACAUGGUGGACGCUAGAAGCAACGAGGAGAUCGUGCGCACAGCAUGCGAGAUUGGUGCUGCUAUGUGUGCGGGGUUAUUCAGUGGAGCUGCCCUCUACGUAAAUGCGGUUGAGCAUCCCAGUAGAAUGAUUACCCUACCUCUGCCUGCGGCCGUCGAGCAAUGGCGGGACAGCUACAAGAGGGCAGCGCGAAUGCAGGUCGGUUUUGCCGCUGGCGGAUUAGCGCUUGCCGGAUGUGCUACGGCAGCAGGUUCUGGUAAUGAGUACGUGCUGGCAGCUCUUCCGCUUGCUUCUUGCUUGCCGUACACCCUGGCCUUCUUGAUGAAUAUCAACCACCAAUUGCUUGAUCAGGACUUGGACACAGCAUCGACCAAAGCGAAAGAACUACUUCAAACUUGGAACAAGAGACAUGCUGUGCGAACGGCUUGUGGCCUUGCCUCUUUUGCUGCGUUAUUGUAUCUUAGAGAGAAGAACUGAUCGAACACCUGCUUGCAUACCCAACAAAGCAAAUGCAUCCGUAAAUAGCAAAGCAACUUGUGGUGGUCAGGUUGCCAGCGUCGUCAGCAGAACAGAAAACUCGAAGUCCUGAUGGAUUAGAAGUGGCGCUUCUAUCGCUAUGCUUGACUGGGAUGAGUGGUAAGCAAAUGGAGUGAUGCCAUUGGAUGACUUCGUACUACCACUCCAUACUCCGGUUCAACAUGACAUUGUUUGGUUUUGCCUAUCAGCGACUCUAGUUUGAGCAGAUCUACUACAUCAGAAUUAGCCACGGGGCUUGGCAUCCUGUCUGGUCAAGGCCGUAUGCUGCAACAUAGGUCGCGCCUUUCCUUUUUUGGCAGUCCCAAGGAAAAAGUACCCCAGAGAAAGCAUUUGUGGAGGACCAACUUGACCGGACAGGAGGCUGGGGAAGAUAAGGAUGACGUGGCAGGAGAAGGGAUCCCAAGCAGGGGGCACACAGAGAGAGAGAGAGAGAGAGAGAGAGAGAGAGAGAGAGAGAGAGAGAGAGAGAGAGAGAGAGAGGUCUAUAUGAUUUGAGAAGUCCCACGAGAACAGUGGCCUUCGACCAAAUCAAUUCCUGACUGCAAUUGGCACGAAGCAUGCAGGUUACCCGAACUUCAUCUGCAAUUGCUAUGGCAAUGGUUUUCGUCUUCUUUCUCCAAGUAUACAAUUUCUCUGUCAUUUCUUUCUUUGUUCGGCAAGUAUAAAAUUCUAUUCUAUGUCAUUUCUUUCUUCUUUUUAGCAAGUACAAAAUUGUAUGUUCUCUUCUUCUUUCGGUAGGUAUAAAUUUCUAUGUCAAUGACAUCUCUUUUUCGGAGUUUCCUCACCCACCUCAUUUUUCUCUGUUCUUUCGUUCUGUUCUGCCUCUACCUGUGCGUUCUUGCUUCUUUGUUCAUCUUUGAACAAGUAUGGUGACAUAUGAAACUCUGACGAAACAGUUUGUCACAGCCCCCUCGUUUGUUGUCAUCUUCUCCCUCUCUGCCGACGGUUUACUGUGCAGCUCUGUUUAUAUAUAUAUAUAUAUAUAAUAUAUAUUCUUUUUUCUUGUUUGACGUUUGAUGAUAUAUAAAUCUGUUUGACUAUGUAUUAUAUAUAUAUAAAUAUAUAUAUAUAUCUUGUGUUCAUUUCAUUCCAUCAGGUUUCGACCUGGUUAUGUGUUUAUUGAAAGGUUACAUGUGUAUAACCAUUCUUGAAGACAAUUCUAUGUCGUCUACUGCCGUCUUGUGUCUUUUCCGUGCCAUGCAGCUUCUUUCUCCCCGCUGAUGUCUUGCCUUGGCGUCUUCCCUUGUUAUGUCUGCUUAGGGCUUAUCUUUUGUCUACUUGUCUUCCUCCUCCUCCUCUUCCUCCCCCUCCUUGUCGUGUUAUGGUCUAACCAGUUGGCUUGAAACACAGAAUGGUGUGUGGUAGGCUUGUGACAAGUACCAAAUUCUGUGCCCUCUCUUGCUGCCUCUCUUCUCCUCUCUCUUCUCUCCUCCCCUCCCUGACGUAGUGUUUUUGCUUCUUUAUUCGUUCUGUUUCAUCCUCUUCCUCCUCUUCCUCCUCUUCGUUCUGUUUCCUCUUCUUUCUCCUCUCCCUCCUCCUUGCAGCGUCUAUUGCCACACCUUUAUGGAGAAAUAGGCUUGGCUCUCAUCAUCAAAAGUUGUAUGCUGCUGUAUGGUUGGUAAAUUGGUAAUACAUUUCUGGGCCUUUUUGCUAAAAAUAGAUAAAGGGUAAUACCGUAA